UUCGCCGCUGAGAAACAUCAACAUAGUAACCCGGGAAAGGAGACCUCAGAGGCGGGUGGCGACGUUUCUUUCCGUGGAUCUCACAGCUAACCUUCACUUGGAGAUGCGGUUGCCCGAACAGACGCUGGGACGGUGGCUGCAUGUCGCUAGAAAAAGUUGCUAGCUAGUUGUUGGCACCGCCGCUAGCUAACGUUAGCUGGCUAGCGGUAACGCUAGCAAACAGACAGCUGAACGAAACUGAAGCAGAAGUCCAGAGAAGUUCGGAUCUUCUUAUCAUGAGGACAUCGGCGUGAAUGUGGACAUCUAGAGACGCCGGAUUGUUUCCCUAAAGGUGAACGGGAGAGAUGAGGAGCAGCAGGAGGACUGAGGUUUCUCUUAAAAGCUCUGCUCAACAGCUUACCGAUCACAAUAUUGGCACAGAGCUGACAACUGCAUGGAAGAGUUUGGCUCAGUCCAAAGCAGCUCUGCGGCACAUAGAAAACCGUAUAGAGGCGACUCCAGGAACAGGGGUUCUCCUGGACUCUGUCAUUACUUUACCGAAGAAGAAAUCCUCGAGGACGGUUCGCUGCAGGGAUGGCCAGCAAGUUGAUGACCGUGGAGGGUCUUCAAAGUCCCGCAGUGGGAGUCAGCAGAGUCCAGAGAAGAGCAGCUCACGCAGCCCUUUGAGAAACACGACUCAGGACAGCAAUGUCCGCAGGAGCAGCAGUGUGGAGUUCAGGGAACCGCUGGCCUCAUACAGAGAGGCCACCCCUCCACCACAUCCCUCCUCUCAGCUGGAGGCCUACAGUCUGCAGUCGGUGCCAGGGUCUUCGCACCCAUCCUCUCCGCCUCCCUCAGAUCCUCUGCCCAGCCAGCUGGUUUACCACAGAGACACCAGGGACAAACAGACAGACAGGGACCUGGACAGCACACACUCCUCAGCUCUGGAGAGCACUGAGGUGCGCUACCUCAAUGACCAGUCAGCCCUGGAAACCCUGAGGACUGUGCAAAACACUCCCAAAGCACAACUUGGCAUGGAUAGUCAAGAGUCCAGUCCAUGCGUAGCUCCCACUCCGGGAUCUGCACGCCGAGGAGACAGCACUCCCUCCACCAGCCCUGGGUCAGCUUCCCAGCGUUUGGAGAACCUGAGGCGACAUCAGCCUGAUGAUAAGCUGGAGAAGCUCAAAGAGCGCAUUCGGAGGCAGAGGCAACAUCUGGAGGAGGCUGCAGAGAGAGAGAAGCUGCUGGGUUCUCUGGAACAACCCGCGAUGGCAACCGUGGAGAGCAACGGCGCUGCUGCGAGCAACAUGCCCACCGCCAAGAUACGCAAAGUAGCAGCUGCUCCGCCUGCACCUGUCUACAAAGGUUUCAGCAAUACUGAGACAAAGAUCCGGACUGCUGAUGGGAAAGUUUGGAAAGAGGAAGACUUUCACAACCUCAGCAGAGAAAUAUACAAAGACCUGUCACGGCAGUUUGCUGAGAGCACCAGAACCAGGCAUCAGCAGCAGAAGGAACACCGAGCUGACAGGUCCAAAGAGAGGAGGCCUCCCAAACCAGUCAGGAAGGUCCACCGAGCUGCCCCUGCCUUUGACCUGAAUGCAAAAACAGUAAUUAGCCCAGCAUCGUGGCGGGAAGGACAGAAGCUCGUGAAGAUGGUCCUGGGUUCUGGUCCGAAGCUGCCCCGGGAGGAGGACAGUCCCUACCCAGCUGACAGAGCGAGCCGAACAGCUUCCCAUCACCGCUCAGACCCACGUUCAGAGUCACACAGUCGGUCUCGGCCCAACAGCACAGAAAGGCCUCGGAGUGGAUUUCAGGGGCAACCCAGAAGCCGCCCCGCAGCCACGCCCGUCCCCUCGUCUGCAGCUCAGGAGAAGACCCCGGUGGGAGUUAGCACGGACCUGCUGUCGGCGGACAUCCAGGGGAUUCUCGAUGACCUCCAGCUGGAGUGCACAGCGGCCGAGAAGGAGGAGGAGAGGGCCCGGAAAAGGUCCCGCGGUGGCAGCGGUGGCAGGAGAGGGAGAGGGGGCUCAGGGUCACGAACAAGGACUCCGGUCUCUUUUUGGGGAACUAAUGCGCCAACGAAUAGCUCCUCAAGAGGCUGCCGCAGCGCCAGCCCGACGACGCACCGGCCAGAAACCUCCAGCACGGCUGAAGCAGGGCGCAAGAAGAGACACUACGACGCAGACACCGUUCGCCAGUACAUCGCCCGACAACAGGAGGAGAGGAAGAGGCGUCAGGCGGAGGAGAAGAGGGCAAUGCGGGAGGAGACGGAGAGGAGAAACCAGAGACUGCAGGAGCUUUACAGAAAGCAGAGAGAAGCUGCUAAAACUGUGGCUCUUCCCAGCGAGGCCCCCGUGGCCCCCGUGCAAAAGCGACUACAGGAGACCUUCAACAAGCUGCUGCUGGAGGAGGCCCAGCUGGGCGAGGAGGCCACGCACACGACGCAACGUCCUGCUCCUUCUAUACAAAUGAGACCGAUGUACCAGCCCUCAGGGGAGUCGGACAAAGAGAACAAAAGACUAGAGGCACCGCAGAGCCCCUCGAGCAGUGACAGGUCUUUGAAUGAUCAGCCGCCUCCUCCAUUAUCCAGGAAUGAUCUGGAUGUUGGGGUCGCCUCGUUGCUCCAGCCAGACCGACUGUCUCCAGCUGUUCGACCUACAGCUGCUGCCAGCAGCAGCGCACGAGCGGCCGCUGGUGAGAAUCUCUUCUCUCAGCUUUUAAGGCUGGAGACAGCAGUGGCUGUUGGCGACCUCCAGCACACCCUGCGACCGGCCACAGCCCCAUCCAGCAGGUCGCGCUCCAAAAUGUCCCGCAUUGAAGCCCUGAAGGCCACCGCUACAUCCCUCUCCAAACGUAUAGAGAGUGAAGCACGGAAACUGGCUGGGGAGGGCAUCAACUAUGGUGCAGCAACUUCUAUGGACAUAGAUCCUAUUUUGACUUCUAAGCCCUCUACUCGUGCUGAUGGAUGCUGGGCAGAAAGAGCCGCAGAAAACAGUGACAUGACUAUGAAGAUCCAGAGGAUUUUGAAUAACACAGGUCAUAGUUCGUACAACGGCACAGCUCUUCCUGGUGUGAGCAGCCUGCAUGCCUUCAAGGAGCAGAAGGAAAAGAACGGUGCACACACGGGUUUCAACAGUCCACAUACAGCUUCUGCUGAUGCAGUAGGACCCAUUCUUAACAGCUACACACAGGAAAGGAGGAGGCUAGUCAAUGGCUUGGAGAAGGAAGAGAGACUGGAUAAAGCAGCACAAAAGAAACAGUCUGAGGAGCAUCGGACUGAUCUCCAUGAUUCAAGCGCUAGUUCCCUCAGUGAGGGUCCUCUGCUGAGUGAAGGGAGUUUUUCUGAGGACGAGGUCAGCCCUCCUCGUCCCUCCAGCUCUCGUGUACCUAAAUCAGCAGAUCGUCUGGAGGCAGCGGACUACUCUGUACGGCAACGAAAGGACUAUCAGCGGCUGUUUGACUUCCAGAGGGAGGCAGCGAUGUGUCCCGUCCUCAGUCCACCACAGCACGACAGCAGCAGAGCCCCGUUUGAAGAGCUGAACAAAGGAAGCCCCCUAAGUGUCAUCAACAUUUUCCUAAAAAACCUUCACGGCCAAGUUAAAGUGAGUGGGAGAAAUUCAGAGACCAAUUCUCCCUCUGCUCAUUCUUUGCACUCUGGACACGGCCCUGGAGACGCAGCCGUCUAUGAAGAUGACUUUGUGUCGUCACAUAGCAGCAAAGCCACCGGCCCGAUGAAGAGAGGCUCCAGUUCACCCAGCACCAACAGUCACUUUGAAGAGCUGAUGAGGAGGUCUCCUUAUGAGAAAAGCACAGGAGGCCUUUAUUCCCACCAUUCAUCUUUCCACUCGUCCAAUCACUCCCCGCAUCUUUCCUCUGGCUCAACAUCUGGCUCCUCACCCCACUCCAGGCACUCUGCCAGAAAAAGAGGAGCCGCGUCGGACCAGAGCGACGCCACGCUCGUAGAGGAGCAGAGGAGCUCCUGCUCGCCGCCGUCAGAAGCGCUAUCGUCUGAUUCCAGAAAGAAAGGCUCAGACAGAAGCUCUGCCCACAGCCAGGCCAGGAGUGUCCACUCUAAUGACACGUUAGGGGAAACAUCAGGGCAUUCUCACCAAAGGCCCAGGUUGGCUUCUCCUUCUGGCGCUCCAGACCCUGCUUCUCCUCCAGGACCAGACUCUCAUAGCGAACCUUUGAGAAGUGGCCCAAACACAAGCUCCUCAGCUCACGGUGGCAGAGCAGAGGCCCGGCACACAGGUGAGCUCCAGUAUUCACCUGCUGUCCUGCAGCAGCGUAUGGCAGCAGAGCUCCAUUACCUGGAGUCCAUUGAGGAGUCGAUGAGGCAGCUCGGGGACGUGGAGCGGCUGAUGGGCGUGUCCAUGGCAAAGCAGGAGAGCGCAACAUUGGCCCAGAUGCUCAAGGCGAAGCAGCAGCAGCACGAGCGCGACCUGUACGAGUUGAAGAUCAAGACCGAAAGAGAAGCUCUGGAGGCGGAGCUGCAGAUGGAGGAAAACAGACAGAGAGUGGCCAGGGCUCAUUUGGAGCUGCAGGAAAGCUUGGCGGCAACUCAAAAAGAGACUUUGGAAGGCCUCCAGGAAUCUACUACCAAGAUGAUGAGUCAACAGGCUGAGGCAGCGCGGUACACAGCCGAUGCUGCUCGACACAUCAAGGAGAUGGCAGAACUGACGCGGUCGCAGAUAGCAGGAACCGUGAUUGUCCCUCCUGUUGCCACUGAUUCCUCAAUGUUCGACCAGCGAGAAGAACAAGAGAGCUCCUAUACGAAGCAGCGACACGACAAAGCCGACUCUGACAGCUUUCUGAGUGAGGUGUCAAGCAGAAGGACCAGAUCCGAGGAGCCCCUGUCUUCCCUGAACAGCCUCAGUCACUCUGACUCCCUGUCCUUCAAAAGACCCAACAUCAGCGGGUCUGCCUCCAGCAGCCACCACAGCCCGUCACAUGUCUCCUCAGACACCAGAGAACGGACGAAAAAAGAGGUAGUAGAAGGGAAACGGAGAACCGGAGGGGUCGAGGAAAGGCCAGAGGCAGCCAGCAGCUCCGUAGAGGAGGAAGUUCCAACAGCUGCGAACGACACCCUCUGCAGUGACAGUAUCCCCUCUAUGGUGGAUGAGAAAGCAGACAGUAUGUCGGUGGCCACAGAGUACUCGCUCAAGUUCGAUGAGUCCAUGACAGAGGACGAGAUUGAAGAGCGCUCCUUCCGCUCUCUUCUGCCGUCCGAGGCGCAUCGCCGCGGAACUCUGGAGAAGAAGUCUCGCCACCACGAGGAGUCGGAGGAUGACGGAGCCAAUCACAACACAACAUUGGUUUCAGCAUCGGGGUUGCACAACUCUUUAAAGGAUGUGAACAUAACCUUUUCUGGCGGGCAGGAGAGCUUCUCCCAGUUCACUAUGGACAUGGUGCGUCAGUACAUGAAGGAUGAGGAGGUAAGACUGCAGCACCAGAGCUCGCUGCUGCAUCUUCGCCAGAAAGCUCUCAAAGAGAAGACCAGAACGGAGCUGGCCUGGUUGGAGCACCAGAAGAAGAGGCUGAGAGACAAGGGAGAGGAUGACAAAAUGCCACCAAUCAGGAAGAAGCAGCGGGGCCUUCUGAUGAAGCUACAGCAGGAGCAGGCUGAGAUCAAGCGUCUUCAGGAGGCCAACAAAGCAGCAAGAAAGGAAAGGCAGUUGUUGCUGAAACAGCAGGAGGAGAUUGAGCGGAUGAGAAACUCAACACUCAGGCUGAAGGAGCGGCUCAAGUGUGCUGGGGGUGAAGCUCCACCUGAGACUCCAGUGUCGGAGCUCCCAGAGUCCGAACCAGCCUCCCCCAGCAUGAGGCAUCCCGAUGACGUCCGCAGCCCCUCGCCCUCGCUCUCCAUCUCUGGAAGUGAGACCAGCAGCAUCAUGCAGAAGCUCAAGAAGAUGCGCUCGCACAUGGAUGAAAAACACUGUUCUCCUGUCCACUACUUCCUCUCUGUGUUCACGGCCCACCACUGGGCCUCCCUCAGUGUCUGUCUUCCCAACCUCCACCCUAAAUUCCAGCUCUUUAUCUACAACCAGUUGGUCAGGUUCCUGACCAAGCGAGAGCAGCAGCUGAUGCAGAGGCGUCACCAUGCCGAAGAGCUGCUGCAGUGGAAACAGCGGCUGGACCAGGAGGAGGCUGAGGUCCGGCGCAUGGAGAAAGAGGCCCUGGCUGUGUGGGACCAGAACACGCCUCGGGACAAAGAUCUCAAGAUGUCAGAGAGUCAGGAAAAGGAGGUCUCUGACAUCAGCUCCCACCACAGUCACCACCGAAGCUCAGAGCCCCGAACUGACAGUGAAAAAGAGUAUGUGAGUGAGGGCGACUACUCCUCAGAGACACCUGACUCCAGCAUCCGCACAGAGGGACUGGGCUCCCAGCAGCAGAGGAGUCCCCCCUCGGCUCAGCCUGCUUCAGUCCCUGAAACACCUUUGGCUUCGGUCCAGAGCAGCCCUGCCAAUUACACCCAGGACUUCACUUCUGGGUCACAAUCACCUGGCAGAAAAUCUUCUCCUCUCAAAGGCAGCCACAGCCCUGCUGCCUCGUCUUCAGAUGCCAGCAGUAGAACCAAGAUGCAGGUCCGGUCCACCUCCCGGACACCCAACCAGGCCUGCACUCAGCCCACUGACCCUCCCAUGGUCACGCAGACUGAAACCAUUUCAGACCAGAGUGACAUAGAGAGUCGUAUCAAGGCCCUGAAGGAAGAACUCAGAAAACGCAAGUUUAUGGCCUACCAGCUGAAGAAAGAGCAGAAGAAGCGAAACAAGGAGCGCCUGAAGGCACAGGAGGCCAGCCUGCUCAAACAGCUGGAGAACUACAACAACUUUAUCGAGAAAACUAAAGCAGAGCUGAACAAGGAGCCAGACUCAACACCCGACACAAACUCCCAGAUCAAAGAGUCCAGCUCUGUUUUAGAGCAGUCCUAUAUUAAAUCACCUCCAAACAGGUCUGAAACCAGCAAAAUCUCUGACUCUGAAAGGACACUGAUUCAUGCAGCGUUGCAUCGCGAUGCCCUUCCUCAGCCAGACUACAGCAGAUCUACGUCAGUGCCCGGAGACCUGUCUAAUGACGAACCACAAACAGUCACUCCGACUGUGGCAGCAUCCGGCAGCACAGAAGACAGGAGCCGUCCAUCCACAAAGGCUCUUCUAAGACCUCGUUCAAAAGAAGACAUAACUGAGUCUGCGGAUGAGAGCAUUGUGUCUGAUCAUAGGUCUGAUGUUCAGGAGGAGCUGGAGAUGAGCUCCAGGGUUGAGGACGAAAACUCUCAGCAUUUUCUCAAGCUAGAGAGGGAAGACGGACCUGACUUCCAGGAGAGGUUGUCUACGUCCAAGCAUGUUUCCUCCUCCAUGGACGAAGAACAGCGUUCUCAAAGUGUUAGCCUUGAACAGGACAAAGAACUGAAGCAGGAGGAAAUAUCUGAAGGAGAGCAAGCUGUGAAGUUAAAUCUUAUCGAUGCCCGACCACCAAAAAUGGACCUCGAAACCUCCCCACAUCCAGCCUCCAGCUCUUCAGCUCGUGAAGGUCCCUUCUCUUCAAACAAAGAGGCUCCCAUCAAGGAUAACGAAGCUUCUCCCGUGGCAGAUGGUUAUCACGAUGACUUCGAGUCAUCAUUGGAUUCUUCACCCAGAGAGGAGCAUCGUAGUUCCAAGCUUGAGUCUCACGUCUCGCUUUCCCCGACUGAAAUCAAGGUUUCAAGAAAGGACUCGUCUAGCAGAGCCACACCAGACAGCCAGGACGAGGUGGUUGAGGAGGAUAUAGCCGAGGAGCUCAGUUACCGUUCUGAUGCGAGUGAAGCUAGCCGCCAAUCUGAGAGGCUGUUCGACCUCCAGGAGAAGACAGACGAUUUCAAACAUGACAAUCACUCACCACCCAUCUCCCCCCUGCAGACCCCUCUUUCUCCCAUUGUAGAUGAAAUGUUGAGCUUUACCAUUGGAGACCGGGUUCUUGUCGGUGGCGUUCAGCCCGGCACGCUCAGAUUCAAAGGUCCGACCAGCUUUGCCAAUGGCUUCUGGGCCGGCGUGGAGCUGGACAAGUCUGAAGGGAGCAACAACGGCACCUACGAUGGCGUGGUUUACUUCGAGUGUGAGGAGAGUCACGGUAUCUUCGCCCCUCCAGACAAAAUCUCUCACCUCCCCGACAAGUUCGAGAUCUACACGGAUACCACGGAGGACGAGGACUCGUUUUUCGACGACUCGCCCGAUAAAGGUGAGAGUAAACGCAAAACAGAUGAGGACAAUUCCCAAAAACAGGCCGAUCUGGGGAGUAGAAACGAACAGACAUCUUGUAAAGACGCUGAAUCUGAAGAUAAAAAGGUUACGAAUGAGUCUCUUCACAAGAGCCAGACUCCACAAAUGGCCAAAUCCCACCUCAAUUCACAGCAUCACAAAGAAUCCAAGCAUCCAGUUUCUAAUGGCAACACGAGGGACAUAAUGCUGGAUUUUGAAGACGCGUCUCACACUCUGAUCAUAUCUGACAUGGAUAAAGUAGACUUUGUGAAGCAGAGUAAGACAGAAAUUACAAGCCUCGUCAAGAGAGAAGACGUCGACUCCAACAGACACGUUACUCCUGCUGAUCUCACAACAGAUAUCAGGGAUGAUAAGAGAGAAGAGAGGGACAAAGAUUCGCUGGACACGUUCGCAGACAAGCUUCUCGACAGCUUUGUUAAAGACGCUGUCAAGCAGUUUGCUGAAAUCAAAAAGUCUAAAGAGCAGAAGAUCGAAGCCGCCAACCAGAUGAACGGAGGCCUGUUUGGUGAAAUGGCUGAAGAAGAACAAGAGUGGAUGUCUUCAGUGGAACAAAAAGAUGGGCUGCCCUUCUUCCUGCCUGAAAAAGAGGAGCUGUCUUCUCCAGAACUGUGCAACCGACCUGAGAGUCCAGUGUUGGGGGCCAGUGGCCAAGAAGAGCUUGCCAAGCGACUGGCAGAGCUGGAACUGAGCCGUGAGCUGCUCGAUGAGCUAGGCGACGAUCAGGACUGGUUUGAUGAGGACUUCGGCCUCAGCUCACGCAGGGAACAGCAAAGACUCAAAGAGAAAGAGGAAGAGGAAAGGCUGGGAGCAGGAAGAGGAGGCUCAUCCGCCGGCUCAGCUAUGGGGGGGAUGGUUUCGUCUCCAGGUGGGGAGCAGCAGGUAAAGACUCCACCCAGACCUGAGCUGCCUCUCCCCAUGCCUCCCAAACUACCCGAGCAGCCUGCCAUGGUGGUGCCCCACUCGGCCACUGAGGUGGAGAAGAUGGUCUACGCUGCCACACAGGAGAUCUGGGACAGCUGUGACCUCGGCAAGGAGGGAGCACUGACCCUCGCACAACUGUCAAACCCUCAACCUUCUCAAGAGUAUCUGGGCAAAGAGUCCAGCAGCCAGGACCAGGAGGCCCUGUCCAUCCGCAGCUACAAAAAGGCUGUGUAUGACCUGACGUGGGAGAUCCUUCAGGACAUCUAUGCUGAGGACCCCAACACUGACCAGCCUCAGUGGGUCAAACCACGACGAGUCAAGUCUUCCUCCUUUCACAGAGUCAAGACGCCAGGCGACAUCAACAAAAUCCAGGAAUUCAUCGCGACCGAAGUCCUGAAACUCUUUGGUCUGACGAAAGAUCACAACCAGAAGACCGACUGGCAGAAGAUGCUCAAGUUUGGCAGAAAGAAGCGGGACAGAGUGGACCACAUACUGGUCCAGGAACUCCACGAGGAGGAGGCCCAGUGGGUGAACUACGACGAGGACGAGCUGUUUGUCAAGAUGCAGCUGGCCGACAGCAUCUUCGACGCUCUGCUGAAGGACACCGCCAACGUGCUCACGCUGAUUUCCGACAAGAGGGCCAACAAACGGGACGGCCUCUCCUGACGAGUUUCCUGCUUCGAUGCUCGGUCUCAGUUUUACUCCUGAACUCCCCCUAAAGUCAACUCCGGCCGACCUCCCGCCGCUCGGGCUUCCACCAGCUGACGUGCCAACUGCAACCCUCUGAUGCCUUCGGUCCCAGUAUUACCUCUCGGCUGAACAACUUUCUUUCUGUCUCGUUCGUUUGCUGAAUUUGCUUCAGCCGACUGUGGUGGUGAUAGUUUUUUUUGUUUUUUUUUUCACACAAAACGCCUCUUGAGCAAUCCAGCCUUCUAGGAACCUUAACACCGUCUAUUCUCAGUUCUCGCCUCCUGGACUGGUCCUUUUUAGUCGCUGCCAGUUGGAGAGCGAGCGUCGACGGGACGGACCGUGCCAUCUGUAAGCGUGUUGGAGUCCGUGAAUGCUGCUACGUUGAUUGUUCCUCUGUGGACUUUAACUCACAUCCAACUGAAACGGCAGUAGGUUGUGUUGAAUCUUUAAGUAAAUAUAAAUAUAUAUAUAUAUGGAUUCAGAAAUUGUAAUAGAAUAGCAGAUGAAGUGAAGACAGUGCACUUUGAGACCUGACAGUGAAUCAUUGAGAUGAAGCUAUGAGGUCAAAGUGCUGACUUUAGCGUGUGAAGGGAUUCUUUUAUUCACAGACUUCCACUGUUUGGAGGCCUGUAAGUUUGCCUUAAAUGAUAAAACUGGCUGAAAUCUUGACUUUUGAGCAGCUCUUGCUUGUUUACAGGGACUUUCGAUUGUUGUCUGGUCUGAGACGCGCUAAAACGUAGCUUUGAAUGGGUCGUUUUUAGACACUAUGCAUAAAUAAAUCCAACAUAAUUCCCCCGAUAUGGACACAAAGACCUCUAAAGCUCAAAGUCAGCACUUUACCUUCAUGAUGCUCAGACAGCAGGUCACCGUUCAGGUCCAGUCAAACUGCACUGCGCUGGAAAAUCACCGAGUUCAGAUAUUAUGCGAAACAUUUUUGCCUCCUUAAUUAUUUAUUGUGUACAAAUGUUCGAUGGGAAGAGAAAAGAAUUGUAAAUGGAGAGAAGAGAUGGUUUUAACGUUGUGUAAAGAAAAAUCUAAUGUAAAAGCACAAAUAGAAAUGUGAAUGUGAAUAUGGCAAUACAUUAUGUAGGAGAAACCAGGAAACAGGACGCCGAGGAGGAAUCGGUUUUCAUAUUUAAAGUUGUCAAUGAUUGGUGUUUGAUUUGUGGCCGCGGCUGUCCGGCGGGUCGAGGCGAUCCCUGUGUCCCACCUCUCUGCUCUAUGUUCAUGUUAUAUACGACAGGGUGAGGAAAAACUCACACAGCCUGCAAGGAAGCAGCCUUUAACUGAAGCUGUGUUUGUCUUUCCACUGCCAGCUGCUCGGUCGUUUUAGCUUCGUUGUGCGACAAAAGCAUCCAUCUGUGUCGCACUCAGAAGCCGAGCUGGCGUUUUGUGAAAUCAAACUCCAAAUACACAUUAGUUUAGAUAUUUACAGCACCGAGGUGGGACACAGAAAACUGGAUGUUUUAAAAAGCAUUGCAUUAUGGGACAGUCCUGAGAUGCUGGAUGAUCCUCCGGUCCGUUCUUCUUUCCUGAGAAAACACUCGUGGUUGUUUGUUUAUCAGCAGAGCAUUUACCCUGAAACAGAAAACACACACCUGCUCGGUUCGGCGCUCCACCUCCUCCACCUCCUCCUCCUGCUGCUGCUGCUGCUGCUGCUGCUGUUUCCGGCCAUCAGCGAGUCCAGACAGAAGCCCGUUAAUGUAGUCGCGGCCUCUAUUCUGUUUAAGUGCCUCUUUGAGUUGAGUCGUAGGUUUUCUAACCACUUCUGUUGGUGUCUCAGCUUCCUUUUGGACCUAUUUUUCUUCUUCGAAUGUCUCUUUCGACUGCUGUACACUACCAUGUUUUCUAACUGAUCCUCAGACGGCUGCUCUUCCUUCUUACCGGUUUACCAGUCAUUCAGUUUCUGCCUUAUCCGGUCUUUCUGUAGCGCAGUGGUUUUCUAUACGAACCCUCUCACUUCCCCCCCGUGCCUCCGCCUGAGGACGUAGCGUUCAGUCUAGAAGCUACCUGCCUGUCGCCGGACACAGCUGAGUCAUUUUUAUUGAUACACCGAAUCAGGAACUAGUUUGUGGACACUCGGGCGGUUUGACUCUCGGAGCUGGACUGUUUCAAAGGGCUUCAUGGGUCCCACCGUCGGUCCAGCAGACUGAGCGAAUCCUCACUGACUGUUUGGAGCUAAAGUGACCUUAAACUGAGUCUUUUUUUUUUUCUACUGUCAGUGUUUUAACAGUUGCUACGAUAAUAUGUUCAAACUGUAAAUUAUAUAAAAUGUAGAGGAGGAAAAAAAAGACCAAAAACAUUUGAUACCAGUCUGUCCAUGCUGUACGCCUCCUGCUCUCUAUUUAACUGUAACGGUGACAUGACUGGAACUCUACAAACUGCAAGGCUUCGUCUCAAACCCUCCCAUCGUCGUCCUGAACUGAUUGUACGCCCGAGGACGCCGAGCUCCUCUCUAACUAUGCAGUACUCCUCGUCGUCGUCGUUUUGUACGUGUGGACCAAACAGCUUCGACCUCAGCUGUAGAUACAAACAUGUAGCUUGAAGCUGUUUCACCUGAAAUCAAAUAAAAAAAAAAAGGUUUUGAUCCGAGGAAACUUCACAGUAGGCACAAACCGUUCUGAUUGUCACGCCGACCCACUCCUUCCUCCUCCAUCUUCUCAGAUGUUUAUGAGUAUUUAUAAUGAUUUGCUGUGAGUGCGCUCCAAGUGCACUUGAAGACUUGUACAAUUCUUUUUUUUUGGUUGUUUUUUUUUCUGGGUGUAAAUAUUCUGUGCGUCCGAUCCGACCCGCCGUUACUGUAACCCGACGAUUGUUGUACAAAUAAACACUGUUUACUCUGCAAAUAUGUACAUAGUAUAUAUUUGUUAACUAAAUGAAAUUUGAAACUGUAAAUAAAGCUUUCAUCGUUUCUAAAGGAA